CCAAACAUCAACCACACUCGCCAUCUCCGACGCCUUUACCCUUCCCUCCUUCGAUACUGUGCCUCCUUCUCCUCGAAUGUGGUCCUGCUAAGCUGGUCAAAACUCGAACUACCCACACCCACAGCCAUGUCUUCCCCGUUCUCAAUAAACGGCGGCGCCUGCGUAGCCAUGGUUGGCAAAGACUGUGUCGCCAUAGCCUGCGAUCUCCGUCUCGGCAUGCAAGCCCUCACCGUCUCGAACAACUUCCCCAAAAUCUUCUCCUACGGCGACGUCUACCUUGGCCUCACCGGGCUCGCCACCGACUUGUCCACCGUCUCUGACCUCUUCCGCUACAAAGUUAACAUGUACCGGCUGCGCGAAGAGCGCAACAUCUCGCCGCAGACCAUGGCCAACCUCGUUAGCUCGACGCUGUAUGAGCGGAGAUUUGGACCGUACUUUGUGUCACCGGUGAUUGCGGGAUUGAACCAGACGACGGGGAAGCCGUUUAUAUGUGGAUUUGAUAGUAUUGGGUGCAUUGAUUUCGCCAAGGACUUCAUUGUUAGCGGGACCGCGAGUGAUCAGUUGUUCGGAACUUGUGAGGGGCUGUGGGAGCCAGACCUGGGCCCAGAAGACCUCUUUGAGACAAUAUCACAAGCGCUGCUCAACGCCGUAGAUCGGGAUGCGCUGUCAGGCUGGGGUGCACACGUCUACAUUAUCGAGAAGGACAAGGUGACGAAGCGGUUACUGAAGGGAAGGCAGGAUUGAGGUGGUUGUCCUCACGCAGUGUCGCUGAAGAUAGAUUUUGGAGUCAUCGGGCAAAGUAUGGCACUGCGAAUGACGCUCUGCUUAGUCGUCUUUGCCUUCGCAGAGGGUUUGCGACUGGCAUAUGUAGCACUUAGACAAACGCCUGCCUUGGGAUAGCCAUGGCCUAAUACAGACCGACACUGUCCC